GCCCGGGCGGGGGGGGGCGGUCCCUCCGCAGCGCGCAGCCGCAGCCAUGGCCGCCCCGUUGCGCGUCUCCGUGCUCUACUGUGGAGCCUGAGGCUACAGCCCCAAGUACCAGCAGCUCAAGCAGCAGCUGGAGCGGCGCUUCCCAGGGAUGCUGGAGGUGAGCGGCCAGGGGACGCGGGAGGUGACAGGAUGGUUUGAAGUGACGGUGGGCGGGCGCCUGGUCCACUCCAAGAAGAACGGUGAUGGCUUCGUGGACACCGAUGCCAAACUCCAAAAGAUCGUGGCCACCAUCAAAGCCCUCCUGGCAUAGUCGCCGGGCCCCCUAACGAAGCACCCCGCAGCCCCCGCCGCGCUGGCACCGGCCGAGCGCUCCAUGACGGGACCGGCCGAAACGGCCACCGCCGGGCGCCGGGCCCCGACAGUCACCGCGCAGGACGCCGGUGACAACGCGGCGGGUGGCCGGUGAGCUUCGUGUGUGUGUCCCGUCCCCCCCCCACACCCCGCCCCCCGAACCCCGCGUCCCCUCCCUCCGCACUAACCGCCUUCGUCCCUGCGCCGAUUUCCUCCGACCUUUGGGUUUUGUGGGUUUUAUCUGCCCCAAAAAGCUGGCGCCGAACCUGAAAAAAAAAAAAAAAAAAAGUCAAAAAAUAUAGAGAAAUGAUCUAAUUUAAUUAUUUGUCCCUGUUUCUGCCCGGCGGUGGCUCGUCCCCGCCGUUCCGGUGGCCUUCUGUAACGCUGGCACGGCUCAGUGGCCUUUCUGGAAUAAAGUGGUGGAAAAUUUGAGGUGGA